AGGGUUUUCUUCUCUCUGUACCCUUAAACUCCGUUACCCUAAACCUCAAGCCGUCGUCUCCAAAGUUCCCCCUCAGAGACGAAAAAAUGAAGACCAUUUUGUCCUCGGAGACUAUGGACAUCCCCGACGGCGUCGCCAUUAAGGUAAACGCCAAGGUGAUUGAGGUCGAAGGUCCACGAGGUAAACUCACUCGUGACUUCAAGCAUCUGAAUCUCGAUUUCCAGUUGAUUAAAGACCAAGUCACUGGAAAACGUCAGCUUAAGAUUGAUUCUUGGUUUGGUUCUCGUAAGACAAGUGCUUCGAUUAGAACUGCUUUAAGCCAUGUUGAUAAUCUCAUUGCUGGUGUUACUCAAGGUUUUCUUUAUAGAAUGAGAUUUGUGUAUGCUCAUUUUCCUAUCAAUGCUUCUAUUGAUGGUAACAAUAAGAGUAUUGAGAUUCGUAACUUCCUUGGUGAGAAGAAGGUGAGGAAGGUUGAGAUGUUGGAUGGUGUUAAGAUUGUUCGAUCUGAGAAGGUUAAGGAUGAGAUUAUUCUUGAGGGAAAUGAUAUUGAGCUUGUUUCACGGUCUUGUGCUUUGAUCAAUCAGGUACUUUCUUUGUUGGUUGUUCUGUUUUAAGGUUUAUGAGUUAUGAAAUCUUGUAUUGAGAAUGAAAAUUUGGUAACUUUAUUAGAUUGGUUACUUGGAAAUGUUGUUGUCUUGGUGCUAAAUUGUGAUGAGGUUGUUUUGCAUGAUAAAGCUGCAGACUUUGUCUAUGUUUCCUCUUGCUUGUUCUGUUUGAAAGAUUAAGUGUUAUGAAAUCUUGCAUUGAAACUUAAAAAUGGUAAAUUUUAUCAGAUGGGUUUCUAGGAAAUGUUGUUGUCAUGCUAAUCUGUGAUGGUUUUGAUUGUAUCGUCAUGUUUUGCUUAAUAAAGCUAUAGGCUUUGUCUUUGUUUCUUAUUACUUGUUCUGUUUUAAGCCUUAAUGUUAUGAAUUCGUGCAUUGAGAAUGAAAUAAUGGUAAAUGUACCAGAUGGGUUUCUUUAAAAUGUUAUAGAUACUACGGAAAAAUGUGUGUAAUGGUGUGAAUCUUAUUUGUGAUUGGUUUGAGUGUGCUUUGCAAACUAAAGCUGCAAACUUUGACUUUGUAAAUGCUCUCUUAUUGAUGAUGGUUUUGAUCUUUGAAUAGAAAUGUCAUGUGAAGAAGAAGGAUAUCAGGAAGUUUCUUGAUGGUAUCUAUGUGAGCGAGAAAGGCAAGAUCGCAGUCGAGGAAUGAAGUUCGCUAUUGAAAGUUCUAUAUUAGAUUUUAUAUGGUGAAGCAGUGAUAUUAUCGUAGCUUUUUGUUUUACAUCUUUCUUAUGGAUUUGUAGUUUUGUUUUUCCUUUUGAAUCAUUGAUGAAUGCAAAUUCAUUAUCCGUUCAUGUUUGGUCUUUUAUUUACUCUCUUCUUACAGAAGUUUUGGAGACAUCUUUUUAACUCUAUUAAACUGUUAUAUGCUAUAUGAUUGAUAGAGUUAAACCAUAU